GGAGCCAAUUUUAUUCUCCUUCCCUGCCCAUUUACUCUCUCUCUCUCAAAUAUUUUUGUAGUUUACUUCUUCAAAGAGCCCAAAAGCUCCAUUAAUGGCUUUCUCGCCUAAUUCAUGUACCAUGUAUACACCCCGAUAUUAAUAAAAAUCUCCCGUUGGCAAGGUACCGCCAAAAAAGGCCCGUGGUUUUCUCCCGAUUUGGGUUUCCACGUCAAAAUUUCCGUGUUUAUAUUUUGGUGUAUUUUUUAGACCAGUUUAUUGUUUUUGCCCGGCUAAAAACGAUAUACCGGUCGAUAAUUUACACCAUCAAUUACGAUAUAACUUUAAUAUGAAUAUAUUCAUUUUCAAAUAUAGUUUUCAAAUAUCAAAUUUUUAUACGGAGUAACAUAUAUCCAUGUAUAAAUAAAGAUAUUAGUGGUCAAAGUGUAAUCUUGGAGACCGUAAAAUGUCAAAUGAGAAUAAAUUUUUUGGAGGGAGGGAGUACAUUUUUUAAAAUUUAAAAGAAAUAAAAUUUUUAAAAAUCAAAUUAGAUUAUUUUUAUGAGACAAUAAAUUUGAUAAUCUAAGUAUUGUUUAUUUAUACUCCAUCCGUCCAACCAACAAUCUUCUCGUUCACUAUUCGCAAGGUCAAACUUUAUUUACUUUGUCGAUCUAUUCUCGUGUCCUAUUUGAUAUAAAAUAAUAUAGUCAUGUCACCUCUAGUUUUCUAGAUUUUUAGAUAUAGUUUCUAAAUAUAUAAUUUUUAUUUUAUAAUUUCAUACUAUUUUUCAUUUAAAUAAUUUAAAAAUAAUUUCAGCCAAACAUUUAUUUUAUGUGUGGAUGAAGGAGUACACAACUAAUAUCCAAACAUUCCAACGAACUGCAAAUUGGCAGUCUUCCUCAGCCCGUUCGUGUGUUUGAAGCGUUUUAGAAGACCGCCACUGGCGGUGCGGUGAAGGAACAUUGUAAAUGUACACCAAAGAGCAGACCACGAUCCAUCUUGAGGGAUAAUGAGAUCUACUGGGCUUAGUUUCUUUGCUCCAUUAACUCCCCAUUAUGUUAAUCUUAAAAAUCGUGGCAGAUUUUCAUAUUUAUUUUAUGGAAAUUCGUUCAAGACAAAGAAAUUGCCUGUUUACCGUCAAAAGUACAAAUUAAAUGCAGAAUCUGUUAUGGGUGCUGAGCGCUAUCUUCCUCCUUGGUUUAGUGUUGCUCCAAUGAUGGAGUGGACUGAUAAUCACUACAGGACUAUGGUCAGGCUCAUCUCAAAACAUGCUUGGCUCUAUACUGAAAUGCUUGCUGCAGAAACAAUUGUUUACCAGGCAGGAAAUCUGGAUAGGUUCUUGGCAUAUGGACAUGAGCAACAUCCCAUUGUACUUCAAAUUGGUGGGAGUGACUUGGAAAAUCUGGCAAAGGCAACCGAACUAGCAACUCCUUAUGGCUACGACGAAAUCAAUUUUAAUUGCGGAUGCCCCAGCCCCCGGGUAGCUGGUCAUGGGUGUUUUGGGGCCCGUCUCAUGCUUGAUCCAAAGUUUGUUGCUCAAGCUAUGUCAGUUAUUGCUGCCCAUACAAAUGUACCCGUUAGUGUGAAAUGCAGAAUAGGAGUUGAUGACCAUGAUUCAUACCAUGAACUCUGUGACUUUAUUUACAAAGUUUCUUCACAAUCUCCAACUCGCCAUUUUAUUAUACAUUCCCGUAAAGCAUUACUUAAUGGAAUAAGUCCAGCUGAUAAUCGAAAAAUACCUCCCCUCAAAUAUGAGUUUUUUUAUGCCCUGUUACGUGAUUUUCCUGACCUACAGUUUACAAUAAAUGGAGGAAUAAAUACCAUUAAUGAGGUAAAUGCUGCUCGGAGGGAAGGUGCUCAUGGGGUGAUGGUAGGGCGUGGAGUAUAUAACAAUCCAUGGCAGAUUUUAGGAAAUGUUGAUAGUGCAGUGUAUGGUGCACCACGUAGUGAUCUGACCAGGCGACAGGUUCUGGAGAAGUAUCAGGUUUAUGGAGAUUCAAUACUGAAGAUAUAUGGACAGGGACCAAAUGUCAGGGAAGUCAUCAAGCCUGUGCUUGGUCUGUUCCAUUCGGAGCCUAGAAAUGCUAUCUGGAAGCGCAAAAUCGAUGCUGCUUUUCAGCACUGCACGACGGUAAAAUCCAUUCUUGAGGAGACCCUGGUGACCAUACCCGACUAUGUUUUGGAUUCUCCUGCUGCUGAGAUGGCGAUCGCUGGUGGUACAGAUGCUUUUUCCAAGGCUAAGGCAAUUCUGCCCGCUCCAUAUAUACUUAGACAAGAAGAAUUGGCAGUGUAAAAGCCAUUCCUUAUAGUAUUGCACGCUAUAGGAGCUAACUUGUUGGGAUGAAGAUGAUGCCAAUCCCGGGUGAAUUCGUAGGUGUUUUCAUUUUUGCUGGCUGUAAAACCGGUAUGAAUUCUUACAUUGGUUGAGUGUUUUAUUUAAAUAUUGUAAUGUUUAUUUAUAAUAAUCACUUACUUUUAUGGUUUCUAAACAUGUGUUCUGAAACGAGGGUGUUGCAUGCAAAUGAUGCAAUGCUUAUUGAGUUUAUCUUGUUUAUGUUUAUCAUUACCAAUACAUUCUCUGUUUAUUU